AACAAAAUGGAGGACACAACUGCGAACAAUCGUGAAAGUAAAUCAUCAUCUGAGGAUUGUAGCCCUGAUACAUCUUCAACUGCAGUUCCACAGAUGAAAAGAAGUCACUCUGACACUGGGGCUGCGUCCUCAUCAAGUUCAAAAGUCAAGAAGCGAUGUAAACAAGUCCAUUUUGCCGAACCGUCUGAAAGUUCUUCAUCGCAGGCAAACUCUGAUAGCCCACUGCUUCUACAAAAUGUCCCUAGCCUCACAUCUAGAUGGACGGAAGACGUACUGUCACGUUUUAAAAUUCAGGUGACACAGAAUUCUCCAGAUAUGCAUAAUGUGUUUCUGCAAGGUUGUUUACAUUUCGUUCCCGACACACAGAAAUGUGCAGAACUAAUGGAGUUAUUUAUGUCAAAAGAAGACAAUGUGUAUGAGUGCUAUAAACAUGUGCUUCAAAAUGUUUUUAGUUUGCACUGUGACGAUAUUUCAACAGUUAAUUUAGAUGACAUCAAAGAAAUGGAAAGAGCUUUGGCAGACCCUUGGUGGAUUAAAGCUUUUACUGAUGGAUUCCAGAACAAGAAAAUUUGCAGAAGAACUCUGAAGGACAUUAGCAGGAAGCUUCAGCAGUUUGUAUGGCAGCUGAUUUAUAUGGUGAGAACACAUCGCGGACAGGAAGGGGAAAAGGUGACGGAAGAGAUGUACCAGGAACUGUUUGUGCUGUUUGCCAAAACCUUUGGUCUGCAUCUUUUGUCUGGGGGUAAUGUAAACCAGUAUGGUCUGAUCGCCGGAGAAAGUGGGAGAUUUGUAACUAUACCAGACGGUGUGAUCUGUCAUCCAAUGACUGAGGAAGACCAAAUCUGUGCUGUUGUGCAGGUAACGGAAUGUCAGUUGAAUGGAGAUAACUCAAUCCAAAGAAGUUCUAGUCCUGAUCACGUUGGAGGAGAUCUACAGAGUAAACAUGUCGGACAGAGUCUCGGUGUUCUACCAUACUCAGUGUUUGGAGAAAUGGGAAUGUUUGGAAUUCUUGUUGACGGAACGAAUGUGAAUAUCUCAGUGUUCAAAACAGACAGCUCAUAUUAUCAAAAGUUGUGUAAUGGAUGUCUUCCAAAAAAUGAAGCAUCUGUAACAUUCAGCAAACAAUACAACAUAUUGCGAAAGGAUGGAAGAGCAGAGUGUAUCCAAACGUUUCUUCAUUUGAAGAAACUGUUAGAGUAUUUAACUAACAAAUCAUUUCCUUGACUAUGGAACAGACAUAGUAUAUAAUUUUAUGCAGUGCUUGAUUUUUUCUCACUAAGUCUUGUAUUUAUUGUUGCUGGUUAAGCAAAUAAAGAUUUGAGAUUCAA